GGCGUUUUUGUUAGCUUCAACACCACCAUCUCUGGCAGGUGGUGUAUAUGUGCUUUUAAACCACAACGUAGAGCUUAAUGCUUAGGGAGGUUAAGUAUGUAGUUGUAGGGGAAGCAACAAAAACACGUUCGUUUAUAUUCUUUCUUUUCGUGACCCUUUUCUACCCGCCGGAUUCGCAGAAGAUCGGAUGACCGUCGGGGUUCCCUCUGUUCAAGCUCUCUCAAUCCGUACCACUCCGGUGUGUGUGUCGGUGUGUGUGUGUGUGUGUGUGUGUGUGUGUGUGUGUGUGUGUGUGUGUGUGUGUGUGUGUGUGUGUGUGUGUGUGUGUGUGUGUCGGUGUCGGUGCGUGUGCGUGUGCGUGUGUGCGUGUGUGCGUGUGCGUGUGUGUGUGUGUGUGAGUGUGUGUAUGUGUGACUGUGGUGAAUGAAGACGACUGGUUCUUUAUGCUGCUGUAGAAAAGAAGGACCUGGAUCCUCCUACAUGUUGCUGGUAUCUCUGUAGUCCCACCGAGGCUGGAUGGACACGGUCCCCGGGACGACAGAGAGGCUCCCCACCCGAGGCUCUCCCUCUUCAUACAGCCUGGUCGCAUCCGAUCUGCAGCAUCGGUGGAGGACAUCUUCUGGAGGUGGUCCUGCCUUUUGUUUUAAUUUUGGGAUUAAUGAUCCGCGGAUCUCCAAUACUGCGAUGCGUCGGUGUGCGGACCUGCUGACACAACAUGAGGAAGCCUUUUUAUAGAGAUCCAGAAGAUGGUAAGGCCUUGUCGACCGUGGGCCUGGAUGUGAGUGGACUGAAGAGGGUAGGAGCAAAUGCAAAAGCAGCAUGAAAAUCCGAAUAUAAUGAGAUAAACGAAUGUAAGAAGAGCCAUCUCUGAAGGCCUUGUGAAUAAGUUUGAGACUCUCACCAUGAGCACACACAUUGGAGCUCACUAACGGAUCCUCUCCAUACAUCUUUUUCGAUUUCAAGAUUUUGCAUUGCGUUUUCACUUGAUUGCAUUCUCCCUUUUUUGGGAGAUAUUUCUACCACCAUUCUUCUCUGGAUCCAGCCCUGACUGUUCAAUGGAAGUAUGUUCUCAACUGCCGGUGUUGCCUCUAGACAGGCUGGUUCCAAAGCACGUCCUCAGCCGGAGGGGAGCCAUUAGUUUCAGCUCCAGUUCAUCCCUGUUCGGAGCUCCUGAUCCCAGACAGCUGUCACAGAGAAGAGGGGCCAUCUCCUAUGACAGCUCAGACCAGACGGCACUGUAUAUCCGCAUGCUAGGAGAUGUGAGAGUCAGGCGCCAGGUGGGCUUCGACCCGGAGCCCAGGGGCUCACCGCCGUACCUCUGUAUUGACUUCCGUACGCUUCACACGUGUCUGGGCCCCCUGGCGGGUGCGGCCGACUCGGCCCCGGAGAGGAGGGUCCACCGGCUGCUCAGCUUCCAGAGGUACCUGCACUCCUCCCGCCUGCUGCGGGGGCCGCCCCAGCAGAUCCCCCUGCACCUCCUGGACGAGGACUACACCGGCCAGGCCAGAUGCAUGUUGGAUAAAGUGGGGAGUUGGAACUUUGACAUCUUCCUCUUCGAUAAGUUCACCAACGGGAACAGCCUGAUCACCUUGACCUUCCACCUGCUCAACCAGUACGGGCUGGUGGAGCUGUUCCAGCUGGACGUGGUGAAGCUGUGGAGGUUCCUGGUCAUGGUGCAGGAGGACUACCACAGCCACAACCCCUACCACAACGGGGUGCACGCCGCAGACGUCACGCAGGCCAUGUACUGCUACAUGCGGGAGCCCGUGCUCUCCAAAUACCUGACCUCCUGCGACCUCCUGAUUGGCCUGCUGGCGGCGGUCACCCACGACCUGGGUCACCCCGGGGUCAACCAGCCGUUCCUCAUCAAGACGGACCACUACCUGGCCACCCUCUAUAAGAAUACCUCGGUUCUGGAGAACCACCACUGGAAGUCUGCUGUUGGCCUGCUCAGAGAGACGGAGCUCCUGUCCCACCUGCCCGCCGAGGACAGCCUGAACAUGGAGAGGCAGCUGGGUUCUCUGAUCCUGGCCACGGACAUCAGCCAGCAGAACGAGUAUCUGUCCCGGUUCCGGACCCACCUGGACCAGGAUGACCUGUGUCUGAGCCACGCCCACCACCGCCACUUCAUCCUGCAGAUGGCCCUGAAGUGUGCAGACAUCUGCAACCCCUGCAGACCCUGGGAGCUCAGCAAGCAGUGGAGCGAGAAGGUCACAGAGGAGUUCUUCCAUCAAGGAGACAUUGAAAAGAAGCACAAUCUGGAGGUCAGCCCACUUUGUGACCGCGACAAAAACACUAUGGGAGACAUUCAAAUCGGCUUCAUGAGCUACGUGGUGGAGCCUCUGUUCUCGGAGUGGGCCCGCUUCUCGGACACGCGGCUCUCCCAGACCAUGCUGGGGCACCUGGGGCUCAACAAGGCCAGCUGGGGCAGCCUCCAGCUGGGGCAGCGGCAGACCUCCGGCCCUGAGGAGCCGGCCGAGCCUGGGGGGUCCGGAGACCCCGGCGUCACCACAGCCUCGGGAGGAACCGGCCCCAAAGAUAUACCUCAGGGAAACAGGGGGUCCUGACACUCUGCCGUUUAGCCUUCUACUUUUACUUUGUUUCUGUUGUUGUGCCCGCCCCCUGACCCCUGACCUCAAGGUCAGUGUGUCUGGGGGGAGGGGGGGGGGCUCUGGUAAGACCUCUGACCCUGUGGAUGUUCCUUAAUUAUCUUCCACACCGUAGUUACGUUUUUGUUGCUUUCGCUUUCCAUCUGGACAACCACUGAUUUUAUUUAAGUUAUUUAAUUUUUAAUUAUUUUGUUUUUUUUGGCAUAGAGCAAUACAUGGAUACCUCAUUUGGCUACUGCUGAAUUUUCCUUUAUCUGUAUUUUAUUUAUUUGUUCUCUAGUUUUUGGCAUCACCACUAUAAUGUUUUCAUAGGUAGAUCUAAGGGAAUCACGGUGAAGUCGUAACAAAAUGAAAUCGUGAAGACUUUCCUUUUUUCCUUUUGUUGUGGUGUUUUGAAGUGCCAUUUGAAAUCAAAGAUUUGAAGAGAAUGAUUUGAACUGAAUCGACUGAAUCUGACUGUCCCAGGACUUGUAACAUGAAUGCUGAGUUGUGUUGCGUUUGUAUUGAAGAUUCUUCUUUGUCUGUAAAAAAAGGAAAAACAAAAAUAGACAAUGUGACAAGCCCAGUCCUUUUGCUGCCUCUAAGAAGACUGUUUACGCAUCUCCUCGCUCGACUCUUUGCCGUCGUUCUGUUUGCCCUCACAACUAUAAAGCGACCUGCGUUGGAACUCUGGCAGUUUGCCUUUUUGAAGCACAGAUGUGAAGAACCAACCGUCAACACCCUUACUGUUUAUGCCAUGAGCUGAACCUUUGCAACACACACACAAACGCCAUAACCAACUUCACCUGAUGCUGAAUCCACUCACUGCACUCCCAAAUAACAAUAACCACGAUCAUGGUCUUAGAUGUGCAGCUUCUGUCUGAGGCCUUCACAUCGCUCCUUUUAGAUAUUGUAGACCUCAAAGUCUGUUCUUUCCUCCAAACGCAGGAGACAUGUUCCCCCUGAGGGAGGAGCCAUGUGGAAGGUCCUCCUCCCCCUGAGGGAGGAGCCAUGUGGAAGGUCCUCCUCCCCUGGGGGAGGAGCCAUGUGGAAGGUCCUCCUCCCCUGGGGGAGGAGCCAUGUGUGAGGUCCCCCCCUGGGGGGAGGAGCCAUGUGGAAGGUCCCCCCCUGGGUGGAGGGGGACCCUGGGGUCCGACGGUGCCUCCCCUUUGCCCGGGUCUUUUUGGCGCUCGCAUGUCACCAGGAACGCUGCGCAAAAUGGACUUGCUCAGGUUUAGUUUUUUUUGCCAAUCUUGUGGAGAGACGGGAGGACGGCUGGCGGCGGAGCAGGGUGGUCCCCCCGGGGGACCGUCACGGAGGGGGCCAGGAGGGGAUGCCUCUCUCCCUCCACCCAGAGUGUCUUUGCUACAUGGCCACAUCAUGCACCCCCCCCCCUCCCAGAGGACCGCUCGACAGAUGCCUUUAUAACUAUGCACAAACUAUGCUAAGUGACCAAACCAACUCCUUUUCUCAUCGAGAGCAUUGUGUACUUCUCUUCUUUUGAUUGCACUGUCCAAUCCUUUUGCUUUCGAGAGGAACAAGUCCUUUUUGUACGGACAACAAAAUGCUCAAUUACUUUUGGAACAUUCCAUUAUUUCCUGUUUGUCUACUUUUGAUUCUGCAUAGUGGCACAAAGUUGUGUUUGUGUUAAACAUUUUGAACGAUAACAGGUGCUUUUCUUACUUUAGCUGAUUUGUAUUUUUGCUGUUAGUGCUGUAAGACUGUUGAUAAAACUGUUUACAAUUUGUUGCGACAGCCAUCUUUUGGGAAAGACUUCAGUGUCGAGCCAGAUUUUGUAAAGGCUUUGCCGUAUUGAUCUUUUUGAUACACGCCUGUUGCAGUUCUUAUUUGACUAAUAAAUACAUAAAACAUUGA